CAGUAGCUGGAUUUGUCUCAUAACUGUCUCGCUCUUACUGGUUGAUUUAUAAAGAAGAAAAAGGAAGGAUGAUGAGCUAGUUCAUCAUAUAUGUUUCACAAUGGUUUUUCUUUGUUGCAAAUCUAAUAGCAGAAGUGGGCUCUAUGGUUAGACAGAUCACAUGUAUAAAUGUCUCAACUACACCUAAACUUAUGACUUGGAAGACAAAGCCAUGUGAACUUUCAAAUGCUUAUGUCUCUUGCAAAUUUGUCAAACCUUCCCAAAUGUCUUCAGAACCACUUAUUCAGAAGCCUUAGAUAUGUGUGCAUUCAUCUAUAUAAGGGUGCAUAACCGCACAGCUAAAUCAUCAAGUCCUCACAUUCUCUACUACAAAAUAUUUUUGUGAACUCUAAUACUUCGUAUAAAGAAAAAUACAAAGGAAGAUCAACAUGGCAUUUGGAUUGUCUGGUUUUGUUCAGGGUAAGAAGACUUUCCGAAGAUCACUUUCAGGCAAUAGGGAAGCAAUUUUGAAGUCUUCAACCAUUCCAAAAGGAUACUUUGCUGUUUAUGUUGGAGAAGAUCAGAAGAAGCGCUAUGUAGUACCUCUUUCGUACCUAAAUGAGCCUGCUUUUCAAGACUUGCUUAGCAUGGCAGAAGAAGAAUUCGGAUAUGAGCAUCCGAUGGGUGGACUCACAAUUCCAUGCAGAGAAGACAUCUUCAUUGAUAUCACCUCACAGUUGAAUUGACUGUAAUUUGUAGCACUGACAUAGAUUCACAGAUACUCAAUUUUGUAGAUCAUAUACUUUUACCCUUUUUCUUUGAAAAAGGGAUAAUAUUUUUGACUAGUUAACAAACUAGUGAAUAGAAAUUGCUCAUUUGAUUAACAUUUGUUCCCUUUUCUGUUGAAUUCCAUUUUUCUUUCUGCUAU